AUUAGGGCUCCUCAGAAAUAUAUUUUUUUAUGAAGUUUGAAGAUAUUGUAUCAAUAAAGGAUUUUCAUUUGGCCACAAUAUUUUACUUAAGCGUAAAAGUGAAUAUUACACUUUUGAAAAACAAGCACCAUCGAAUUAAUCAUUUUACUGGAAACCAGAUUUACUUAAUAAUCAUUUCUGAAGAAAGGGCUUUCUUGAUGCUAUUGAGCGAUUGAUCAUAUUUCAACUUGUAAAUUGUGUGAUGGUAGCCUGCUUUUUUGUCACAGGUCUCCCCAGUAGAGGAGCAGGAAAAAUACUUGCAUGAUGCUCUUGGUGUAGUAAAGGCACAGGCAUUUCAUAUGAAACGGGCCCUAGAUAAAAACAAGCUUAUGGAUGCCCUAAAAAAUGCCAGUGCUAUGUUAUCUGAACUUAGAACGUCCUUGUUAUCUCCAAAAAGUUAUUAUGAACUAUAUAUGGCCAUCACAGAUGAACUGCGACACAUGGAAUUAUACCUUGUAGAUGAGUUCCAAAGAGGCAGAAAAGUACACGAUUUAUAUGAAUUGGUUCAGUAUGCUGGCAAUAUUGUGCCAAGGUUGUAUCUGCUCAUCACUGUGGGACUUGUAUACAUUAAGACCAAUUCUGCACUCCGUAGAGACCUGCUCAAGGAUUUAGUGGAGAUGUGUAGAGGUGUUCAGCAUCCUCUGAGAGGGCUCUUCUUGCGCAACUACCUGCUGCAAUGUACUAGAAAUGUCCUGCCAGAUACUCCAGAUAUUGAAGGAGAUAAUCCAGAGGGAACUGUAAAGGACUCCAUUGAUUUUGUUCUUAUGAAUUUUGCUGAAAUGAACAAACUAUGGGUCAGGAUGCAGCAUCAGGGGCAUUCCAGGGACAGACAGGCUAGGGAAAGAGAAAGGGAAGAAUUGAGAAUAUUAGUAGGCACUAAUCUCGUGAGACUUAGCCAGUUGGAAUCUGUCACUUUAGAGAAAUACCAGAAGAUGGUCUUACCUGGCAUCUUGGAACAGGUAGUUAGCUGUAGAGAUGCCAUUGCUCAAGAAUACUUGAUGGAAUGUAUUAUUCAAGUGUUCCCUGACGAAUUUCAUAUCCAGACAUUGAACGCGUUUUUAAAAUCUUGCGCCGAACUAGAAUCUGGAGUCAAUGUCAAAAACAUUGUCAUUAGUCUAAUGGAGAGAUUAGCGGCCUUUAGUCAGAGAUCUGACUCAAUUGGUGGGGAAGGCACUCAAAUUCUUCAAGAAGUGCAAUUGUUUGAAGUAUUCUCGAAUCAAGUGUCGUCGAUAAUAGCAAACCGGCAAUAUCUGCCUCCUGAAGAUAUGGUUGCUCUACAAGUGGCUCUUGUUAACUUGGCUUUGAAAUGCUAUCCUGACAGGAUUGAUUACAUUGAUAAAGUUAUGUUGUCCAGUGUCGAAAUAUUCCAACGUCUAGGUCUCGAACAUCUGGAAUCUCAUACUCCAGUGGCAAAGGAGCUGCAGAAAUUAUUGAAAAUCCCUCUGGAUACAUACAAUGACAUAUUGGUCAUCCUAAAACUAAAGCAUUAUGCUGGACUUAUGCAGCAUCUAGACUACUAUGGCAGGAAGGCUCUCAGCAUUUAUAUUUUGAACAACACUUUGGAGAAUGAGACAAUAGUGCCUUCUGCAGAAGAAGCGGAACAAGCUCUGACUUUGUUGAAUACUUUAGUCACAGAUAAAAAUGAGCAUCCUGUAGGUGAAAUGGAUAUGGAAGAACUGAUGGAAGAACAGUGCCUGUUGGCUAGGUUUAUACAUCAAUUGAAGUCUGACGUACCAGAUGAACAUUAUUUGAUUUUACAGGCAGCUAAAAAGAUUCUGGUGACUGGCGGCCCUCUUCGCAUAAAAUACACCCUGCCACCACUGGUGUUCCAAGCAUACCAACUGGCGUACAAAUACCGCAAACUUAAGGACGAACGAUGGGAGAAGAAAUGCACGAAAAUCUUCCAGUUCUGUCACCAGACAAUCACCGCGUUGGUGAAAGCGGAACUGGCCGAAUUGCCUUUGCGUUUGUUCUUACAGGGGGCGCUCGCAAUUGACAGGAUUGCGUUCGAAAACCACGAGACUGUCGCGUAUGAGUUCAUGUCUCAGGCGUUCUCGCUCUAUGAGGAUGAAAUUUCGGACUCGAAGGCUCAGUUGGCUGCUAUCACGUUGAUCGUUGGUACUUUGGAGCAAAUAAGCUGUUUCUCCGAAGAAAACGCUGAGCCACUACGCACUCAGUGCGCGUUAGCUGCCAGUAAGUUGCUGAAAAAGCCGGACCAGUGCCGCGGUGUUGCCACAUGCUCGCACCUGUUCUGGAGCGGCAAGACGCAGGCGAGCAAUGGUGAAGAGGGACACGACGGAAAAAGGGUCGUCGAAUGUCUCAAGAAGGGGCUGAGGAUCGCUAAGCAGUGCAUGGAUAUCAGUGUACAGGUUCAACUGUUUGUGGAAUUGCUGAACCACUACAUCUUCUUUUUCGAAAAAGGAAACGAACAGGUAGACGUGGAGAUUCUUAAUCAGCUCAUCAAGAAAAUCAAAGAGGAGCUAGCCAAUCUGGAGAAUUCUGAUGAGACAGAGCAGAUAACAAAGCAUUUCAGCAAUACCCUGGCGCACCUGAAACUAAGAAUGGAGUCACCUGAAGGCGAUACUCCGGACGCAUAUAAAGGGAUCAAAUUGAACCCUGAAGAAACUGCGGACGAGACUAAGGAAGUCGCUAAAAAAGUUGAAGCCAAGUAAACUGAGAAGUGACCAAAAUGUAUCAAUGUUACUUUUGGUGUUAUUUCGUGAGAGGCUCGAAUUCAAAUCUAUUUAGGAGCAGCAUACAGUAUGUUACCAUGGAUUCAACUUGCACAUUAUAGGCAGUCUGAAUGAUAACACUAGCACGGGCAGGACACCCAGUGCUUGGAUUUUCCUUCUCCCGAUUUAUUCUGACGCCCAAGAUAACAUACUAUAUAUCGUAUGCGCAAAAAACUAUUAGAAAAUUAUAAUGUGUCAUAUUCACUUGAAUCAACCAGAAAAUGUAGUCCAAAAGUUGAAUAAGGCAAUGCAAUGAUAUUCCGUACUGUUGUAUACUACUUACUAUAUUUUAGUUAAUAUUAAAAUCUUUUUAUUCUUAUUUUUGCAAUGAUCAAUUAUUAAACAUAGUCUUACACAGAAUGUAAGAGUUGGAGGAAUCUAUUUGUUUAUCAUGUUUAGAUGUAUUAUACAAAAUCAAACAGAUUGGUAUUUUGUAAUUAUAUUGUUUACAAUGUUUAGCCCCUUAGGUGUAUCAUUUACUUUAUAAUUUAUAUUGAUAUAAUAAAGUUAUAAUUAUGA